CAUCGAUAGCCAGUUUCUUUCCAACUUAGCGCAGCGCCAUAUUUUAAAAUGUCUUCACUUUCUGAUCGUACUGUUUUGUCUUCUUUAGUCCCUUCAGGGGUGAGAGAUAAAACUCAGAAAAACAGAGAAAAGAAGCGUAAGACCCUUCAAACAUUGCAACCAGAGGCUAGGAGGAAAAAUGUCCUCGUCGGCAAAGAAGGACCAGUCAAUUCGUCCUUUCUCAAGAAAGAAAAGAGAAAAAGAGAUGAGCAUCUUGACGACGGAAAAGCUCCAAAAUCCCCGAAAUUAAUUACAAGUUUACAACGAUGGGUAACCCCAGUGAAGGUAUAUGAAGACCCAAAGCCAACACCAAAGGAAUUCAACAAGAAAUUAGUCCCUAGCGUUGAACCUUCAGAACAAAAGAAACCUGAGUCCAUAAUUUCAGACAAAGAAGCUCAAGAACUAUUAGUCCAAGAAGAAAUACCAGAAGCUUAUUGGAAGGAGGUGGCAGAAGAGAGAAGAGUGGCCCUGGCUGAGGCAUUAGAAGAAAAUGAGAAGUUACAUAGUGAAAUCAAAGAACUGAAGGAAGAAAAUGAACAGCUUUCAUCUCUUGCCAGCCAAGCAGAAUAUUUUGCUGGAAUAGUAAAAUUAUUGACUGAGGGAGGGGAGGAUGAGGAGAAAAGUGGACAGAUAUCUGGGGGAGAGGAAAAGGGUAAAGUAAAAGAUGAAGGAGAGAAAGAAGAUACAGAAACUGAUGGACAGUCUUCAAGUGAAGCAGAGAAAGAUGCCAAAAGCAUUGUGAACUUUUCUCUGCCAGAAGAUAAAGAAGUAACAGAAAGCCACAAGCAGUCUUCAGAUAAGGAAGAGGAUACCAGCAAAAGUGGUUCCUAGUCAAGGCUAAAUGUGGAAAAUGAUACAGAAGCAAAUAGAUUUUCUUCCCAAAUAAACAGUAUUUUACCUCAUUGAACACGUGACUUUACUUGCUUUUGCUGGUUCUCAAUGCUCUUGUCAUGAAAGUUUUGUUUAAAAGGACAGUCAUGAUUUUGUUUUUCAGAGACGAGAAAAAAGAGAGAAGUUGAGAAUCUUUGAAUUUUUAUUUUUGUAUGUGUUUAGUAUGUAUAUAUUGACAGUACGAUAUAAGCUAAUACUUUUUAUUUUUUAUUGUGUCAAGAACAGAUGCAUAUCAUUCAACAACAACUGCAAAAGUCACAGUGAAGUAGGCUUUACUAUGCCAAGAUGCAAACAUAAUCUUUCAUUGAAGCUGACAAGAAUAACACUUUCAAAUGAUCUAGUUUUUAGUUUCACAUUUUUUCUGAAGACACUGUGAUGUAGCAAACAUUAUGAAGCACAUGAGACAUGCUGUUUUGAUAGGUUUUUUAAUUAAAUUGACAAACUUCUAUAAA